GGUUUACAUCUUUACAAUUAGAAUAACAAUUAACGAAAGGAUAUAUUCUCUGUAUUAUGUUACCCACAGUUAGACGGAGCUCUAGAAUAAGGCCUCCCCGGAGAUCUCUUGUGAGCUCAUUUGUCGGGGCGUCCGGAACAGGGGCAACUGGAGGGGCAGAUAAUGCAAAUGUAGUUGAUUAUGAUAAGUCAUGGGCCAUAUUAUCAUCUGCCAUUAAACAAAUUCAGAACAAAAAUGUGUCCAAUUUAUCAUAUGAACAGCUUUACAGAAAGGCGUAUGUCUUGGUGUUGCGGAAGUUUGGAGCUAAGCUCUACGAAAAUGUAUCCGAACUUAUUAAGAACCAUCUAUUACAACGAAGAGAAAUUCUUUUGAAGGAAAAUUCCGGGCUUGAAUCACCAGAAGAUUUUCUCAAGGCGAUAUUGUUGGAAUGGACAGAACAUCUUCAAUCAAUGAAAUUUAUAUCUGAUGUUCUCAUGUAUCUCAAUCGUGUAUAUGUCAAGGAACACAAAAGGCUUUUGAUCUAUGAUCUUGGUAUUCAAUUGUUCAAGGAAAAUGUUGUGAAAUAUAAUGAUGAUGAAGUAGGGAAGAAGUUGAUUGAUAUUUCCAUUAGCGAAAUUACAAAGAGUAGAUCUGGACAAGUCAUCACCACAAAAAUGUACAUUUCUAAAGUUGUAAAUAUGCUUGAACUUUUGGAAGAAUCAGUACAUAUUAACGAUGGCCAUAGUUCAAGUGGAGAAAACUUUUAUUUGAAGCAUUUUGAGCCUCAAUUCAUUGCUUAUUCAGUUAAUUUUUUCAGGCAACUUUGCCAUAAGUACAUAGCAGAUGCAUCUCUUCUUGGAACGACAUAUCUUCAUGAAAUCAAUGACUUUAUUAAGGAAGAGGAAACGAGACUAUCCACAUUCUUACCCAUGUCAACCUUUCCCAAAAUUAUUGAUUUGAUGAAUAAUAUUUUGAUCAAGGAUAAGAUUGAUGAUAUUAUGUGUCUUCCAGAAGAACAACAAGGUCUUUCCUUUUGGAUGGGCCAGCCUUGUGAAGAUUUAUUUCAAGAUGAAAACAUUGCUACUACUGCGACUAAAAGCUACCAUCUGGAGGAGCUUGUCAUCUUGUAUGAAUUGGUUGGUCGUAUAGAUCCCGAGAGAGACUUGUUAAAAAAACGAUUGAAGGAACUCGUGGUUAAGGAAGGUUUGGCCAUUCCAGUAGCCAUCAAGGAACAAUUAGACUCAUCACUGUCAGGAAAGAAAACAUCUACAUCAUCUGCUCCAUUUGCUCUUUCUAUGAUUAGUAAGAUUUUGAAAUAUCAACAGAAUUUAUCACUUGUUUUGAAAGAAUGUUUUGCCAAUGAUUUUGGUUUGGAACAAGGAGUUACCAUUGCUAUGAGAGACUUUAUAAAUAAUGCCAGUAAUAAAAACAAGAAGCAAAUAGGACAAGACAAAGCGAACGUUACGAUCCCAAGUUCAGCGGAACUUUUAUCCAUUUAUAUGGACCAUUAUAUUAAGCUGUUUACUAAACUGAACAGUUCUAAAGUCGGAGCUACUACAACUUCUAAGGAUCUGGACUUAUCUGUGGACGAAUUUAUGGAGAGAUCUAUUUCGUUUUUGAGGUAUAUUAAGGACAAAGAUGCAUUUGAAGCACAUUAUGCCGCACAUUUCGCCAAAAGAUUCUUGAAUGCCAAGGCAAAUGGAGCUUCCAUAGAAAUUGGUAGCGGUAAAGUGGAUGUAGAAGAAUUAAUAUUAUCUAAGCUUGGUGAAGAAAUGGGAAGUUCAUCACUUGAGAAAGUGUUGAAAAUGAAUCGUGACAUCAAGCUGUCGAGAGAUAUGACAGUGGAUUGGAAGAAACAUAACAAUACCAAUGGGUUACAAGGAAAUAUAGAGCUUGAACUAAAGAUAUGUAAUGUUGCUGAUUGGCCCAAAUCAUUGUCCAAGGAUUAUACGAAGUUUUCAUCGGAGAAUUUCACUUGGCCAAGUCAACUUCGGUCAACUCUAAAUGACUUUGAAGAAUAUUGGCUUACUGGCAAAAAGAAUGAUAAUAAGUCAUUAUAUUGGAGUCCUAGAUUUGGAUCAAUAGAUUUACGGAUUACAUAUCCUUCAAAAUUGUACGAAAUCAAUUUAUCACCGUAUGCAGGAAUUAUAAUGUUAUUAUUUGCACCACAAUCUAGUAAUGAUGAUGGUAGCCCCGUGCUGGCAUUUGAAGAAAUGAGAGAAUUGAAGUACGAGGAAAUCCGAGAACUUACCAAGAUUCCAGAAGCUGAUCUCAAGAGACAAUUACAAUCCAUUGCAGUUGCUCCCAGACUGAGACUUUUGAUUAAAACUCCAAUGGGCAAGGAAGUUAAUGAAGGAGAUGUAUUCAAAUUAAAUUCAAAUUUUAAGGCACCAUCGAUGAAAGUGAAAAUCUUGACUGUUUCUGCUACUAGCAGUGGUAGUACGGGACCUUUGAGUUCAAAGAAUGGCGGCGGAAGAAAGAAAACCGCACAAGAAGAAGAACUAGAAGAAGUUAAUGCAAAUAUCUCUGAAAGCAGAAACUUUGAGAUCAAUGCUGCUAUAGUGCGGAUAAUGAAAUCGCGUCAAACUUUAGACCAUAAUGAAUUGAUCAGUGAAUUAAUUAGACAAUUAACUAAUAGAUUCCUUCCUCUGACAAUACAAAUCAAAAGACAAAUUGAGGAUCUUAUUCAAAAGGAAUACCUCAAGAGAGACGAUGAAAAUAGGAGUUUGUACCACUAUGUUGCAUAGACGAACAAGAAAAUAAAGCUUUACGACCAUUUUUUUUGUUUUAUUUUUCACCUUUCUAAUAGGAAACAUGCAUUUUACGACUUGAUGAGCUUUGAUAUAUAUUUAUAUACAUAUAUAUUAUGUAAACGAUGAAUUAAUUCUUCGUAAUAUGGAUA